CAACUCACUUGCUUGCUGUCCUUUACCCCCCCCCAUCCUCUUGGUCACUCUCGAAAGAGACGCUUGACCCCCAUCACCACUCACACAAACAUGCUCCGCUCAUUAAAUCGCAACCUCCCCAGGGCGGCGCGCCUCGCCCAUGCGGCCCCCCGCCCGGCCUUCAAGGCCCAGUCGCUCCUCGCCCGCAAGUACGCCAACGUGGCCCCCAGCCCGUCCGACAGCUUUGCCAGCGGCGCCAACCAGUACUACAUUGAGGAGAUGUACAAGAACUGGAAGAACGACCCCAAGUCGGUCCACUCGUCGUGGCAGGCGUACUUUGCCGGCCUCGACAAGGGCCUCCCCUCGUCGCAGGCGUUCCAGCCCCCUCCCGGCGUCGCUGCCUCGACCGUCCCCGAGGCUAUGGGCGGUGCCCCCACCCUCGACGUCGGCUCGGGCGGCGAGCUCACCGACUACCUCAAGGUCCAGCUCCUCGUCCGUGCCUACCAGGUUCGCGGCCACCACAUGGCCAAGCUCGACCCCCUCGGCAUCUCCAACGCCGACCUCGACUCGUCGACCGUCCCAGAACUCACCCUCGAGUACUACGGCUUCACCAAGGACGACCUGAACAAGGAGUUCAAGCUCGGCCCCGGCAUUCUCCCCCGCUUCGUCGGCCACGUCAAGGACGACAAGCUCACCCUUGGCCAGCUCGUCGACGAGCUCAAGCGCAUGUACUGCACCAACAUUGGUAUCCAGUACAUUCACAUCUCGGACCGUGGCCAGUGCGACUGGAUCCGUGAGCGCGUCGAGGUUCCCGUUCAGUGGAACUACUCGGUUGAGGAGAAGCGCAUGAUCCUCGACCGUACCAUCUGGUCGGAGCUCUUCGAGAAGUUUGUCGCGUCAAAGUACCCCAACGAGAAGCGUUUCGGUCUCGAGGGCUGCGAGUCGCUCAUCCCCGGUAUGAAGGGUCUCAUUGACGCUUCGGUCGACGCCGGCGUCAAGUCGAUUGUCAUUGGUAUGCCCCACCGUGGUCGUCUCAACGUCCUCGGCAACGUUAUCCGCAAGCCCAUCGAGGCCAUCCUCAACGAGUUUGCCGGCAACAUGGACGGCGGUGACAACGGCGGUGGUGACGUCAAGUACCACCUUGGCGCCAACUACAUCCGCCCUACUCCCUCGGGCAAGAAGGUUGCUCUCUCGCUCGUUGCCAACCCCUCGCAUCUCGAGGCUGAGGACCCCGUUGUUCUCGGCAAGACCCGUGCCAUCCAGCACUUUGAGGGCGACGAGGGCACUUGCGACGCCGCCAUGGGUGUCCUCCUCCACGGUGACGCUGCCUUUGCUGGCCAGGGUGUCGUCUACGAGACCAUGGGCAUGCACUCGCUCACCUCGUACGGCACUGGCGGUACCAUCCACCUGAUUGUCAACAACCAGAUUGGUUUCACCACCGACCCCCGCUUCUCGCGUUCGACUCCUUACCCCUCGGACAUUGCCAAGUCGAUCGACGCCCCCAUCUUCCACGUCAACGGUGACAACGUCGAGGCCGUCAACUUUGUCUGUAUGCUCGCCGCCGAGUGGCGCGCCACCUUCAAGAAGGACGUUGUCAUUGACAUUGUCUGCUACCGUCGCCACGGUCACAACGAGACCGACCAGCCCUCGUUCACCCAGCCCAAGAUGUACGAGGCUAUCAAGAAGCAGCCCACCGUCCUUUCCGUCUACUCGGACCGCCUCAUCAAGGAGGGCACCUUCACCGCCAAGGAGAUUGACGAGCACCGCCAGUGGGUCUGGUCGACCCUCGAGAAGGCUGCCGACGACGCCAAGGAGUACAAGCCUUCGCAGCGCGAGUGGCUCUCGUCUUCGUGGGACGGCUUCCCGUCGCCCAAGGAGCUUGCCGAGAAGGUCCUCCCCCAGCUCCCCACCGGUGUCGCCGAGCCUACCCUCAAGCAGAUUGGCGAGGUCAUCUCGUCGUUCCCCGAGGGCUUCACCCCCCACAAGAACCUUGCCCGUAUCAUUGCUACCCGCGGCAAGACCAUUGACGAGGGCAAGAACAUUGACUGGUCGACUGCCGAGGCUCUCGCCUUUGGCUCGCUCUGCCUCGAGGGCACUCACGUCCGUAUCUCCGGUCAGGAUGUCGAGCGUGGUACCUUCUCGCAGCGCCACGCCGUUGUCCACGACCAGGUCAACGAGGGCACCUACAUUGCCCUCAAGCACCUCAACAAGGACCAGGGCUCGUUCACCGUCACCAACUCGCACCUUUCCGAGUACGGAACCCUCGGCUUCGAGCUCGGCUACUCGCUCGUCUCGCCCAACUCGCUGACCAUGUGGGAGGCUCAGUUCGGUGACUUUGCCAACAACGCUCAGUGCAUCAUCGACCAGUUCAUCGCCUCGGGUGAGCGGAAAUGGCUCCAGCGCACUGGCUUGGUGCUCUCCCUCCCGCACGGUUACGACGGCCAGGGUCCCGAGCACUCGUCGGGCCGUCUUGAGCGUUUCCUCCAGCUCUGUGACGACGACCCGCGUUACUACCCCUCGCCUGAGAAGCUCGAGCGCCAGAUCCAGGACUGCAACAUGCAGGUCGUCUACCCCACUACCCCUGCCAACUACUUCCACGUCCUCCGUCGCCAGCAGCACCGCGAGUUCCGCAAGCCGCUCAUUGUCUUCUUCUCCAAGAACCUCCUCCGUCACCCCCUUGCCCGCUCCACCCUCGACGAGCUGAGCGGUGAGACCAUCUUCCAGCGCUACAUCCCCGAGACUCAGCCCGAGGCCCUUGUCGCGCCCGAGAAGAUCCGCAAGCACGUUCUCUGCUCUGGCCAGGUCUACUUCCAGCUCCUCCAGGAGCGUGAGAAGCGCGGCAUCACCGACGUUGCUAUCUCGCGUGUGGAGCAGGUCUCGCCCUUCCCCUACGAGCUCGUCACCCCCCACCUCGACCAGUACCCCAACGCCGAGAUCACCUGGGCCCAGGAGGAGCCCUACAACAACGGUUCAUUCUCUUACGUCCAGCCCCGCAUCGAGCUGGCCAUGAACCAGACCGAGCACCACAAGGGCAAGACUAUCAGCUACGCUGGCCGCAACCCCUCGUCGUCGGUCGCCACCGGCUCCAAGGCUGCCCACAAGCGUGAGGUCGAGCUCAUCAACGAGAUGACCUUUGCUUGAGCGGCGGUGGUUGGCGUGUAGCAAAGUCAGUAGUAACAAACCUGUACCAUCAUGGAUGUGGAGACAUCAUGCAACGAAUGAUGAAG